CUUUGUAUCAAGAAUAUUCUGAUUUUAAAACAAAGCUUGAAAAAGUAACAAAUCAUGAACAAAGAUAUAAAAAUUAUAUUACUAUGUUAAAUAAUUUGUCAAAAAAUGAAUUAAUGAUUGAAAAAGUUUUAGAUAAAGUUUAUGCAUUAUGUGUAUUAUUUAAUUCAUCUAAAAAUAUAUAUGUUAUAUUACGUUAUGAAAUACCUUUUGCUAUAGAAGAAAAUUCUAAAAUAUUUCCAAAUAGUAAAACAGAAGAUAUUUAUAGAACUGCUGUUUAUAUUGCUGAUAUUAGAGAUGUUACUCCUCAGUAUAUAGAAUCUGAAAAAAAUAGUAAUUGUCCUAAAGAAGAAAUUAUUAAUGAAGUUAUUGAAAAUUGUGAAGUUGUAGAAAAUUGUGAAGUUGAAGAAAAUUGUGAUAUGAUACAUUGUAACAGUAUAAAUUGUGAUGAUAUUAACAAUAAUAGUAUUAAUUAUACAACUAUUAAUACUGAAGAUGAGGAAAUUGAAGAAGAAAUUCUUAAAAUA